AUGUCCACGCCAGAUGAAGGUCGUGGCGGCAGGCAGCACUACAUUGCAAACGGUUCGUAUGGCUGCGUGAUGCACCCGCACGUCCCAUGCAGUGACGGCUCCAGGACCAGCGCCGGAGUGCCCCUGGUCUCCAAGAUAUUCGGCAGCUCGCAUCAUGCAAAGGAGGAGUACGAUAUACACAACACCAUGGCUGCCAAGGCUGACCGGCAUGGCAGAUUUACGGUUCGGCUAGCGCAGAUGUGCCCCAUGGCAACUGACAGCGUGCCGCCAGAGGAACUGGGCAAAUGUGGCCAGGACCUGACGAACAGCUUCCAGGGGCAAUCCAUGCUCACCCAGUUGGUUUACGAGGACGGAGGCAUUGCUCUGAAUGAGUGCGCGUCCAAGGGUGUGCCGCUUGCAGACGUGGUGCGGGGACUGCGAACCGUGCUCAUGGGGAUUGGGAGGCUGGCGGCCCAACAGCUUGUCCACCUAGACAUCAAGCCACGCAACAUGGUGUACAACAAGGACGGCAGGGUGCUGCUCAUCGACUUUGGCCUGAUGACCGCCUUCGGGGAUGUGUAUGGCAACAGGAACCACAGCAUCUUGAAAACCCAGUACGAGUACUACCCUCCAGAGUUCGAACUGUACUCGCAGUGGAUCGGUGGUGCGGCCCCUCAAUCUGCUGACCUGAACUUUGGGUUGCACAUGCAGACGUUUCAGAGACUGAGCCAACGUGCCUUUGAAGAGCACACCACGCCUGCCACCCGACGCAACAUCGGCAGGUACCUCAACAAUGAAGAGUGCGCCGCGCAGGCAUACACGCUGAGCAACACGUUGACGGUGUCCGGCGGCUUGAAUACCGACUACCUGAACCAAAACCUAGGCCAGAUCUACGUGUAUUCCUUUGGCAUCUCCAUGGCCGAGCUGGUUGUUUCGUACAUGCGGAAGGAGGCAUUGCGACCUGAUGAAGCGGACCUAGCCACGGCCAUCAUGGCGCUAGCCCGCAAGAUGAUGCACUUUGUACCCCAUAAGCGCCCUACUGCUGUCACGAGCCUGAAACUGUAUGACGCUACGAUCAAGCCGCUGCUUCCCAAGCGCCGCAGCACGGUGCAGGCGACAGCCGCCAGCCGGGACAGACAUGCUAGACGCGCUCCUCACAACACUGCCAAGCCCAAGCCAAAGCUGGGGAGCAAGUCGUGCGACAUUGUUGACUGCACCAUAGUCAUCCUGCACAGCAAGGGCAUCCGCCGGGUGGUCAGCAUUGUGUCGGGUCGCCAGAUCACUGUUGGCGGUGCUGUGUUCAGGAGCGUCUGCGAACAGUUCGGCACGGACUGGUUGGUGCAGUAUCUAGUUGCAGCGGGUGUUGCGAAGAACGGAGUGAAGCUGACAAUGGAUGACGCGAUCACCUACUUGCUGAUCUUCAGCCUGGUCGUGCUGCUGUGCUACACACUGUUCUACCUGUACAACAUCUACUAUGGCCCAUCCGCAUGCCCCGUGAGCAAGACCGCGGGUGAAGCCUUUGCGCAGCAGGGGCCCAAGCGUGCAGUGAUGGCGGGCUCCAGCCGCUGCGGCUGGACGGUGAAACAGAUCCCCGAAUGGGAGGCGCUGGUGGCCUCCAAGGCCAGCGCGGGCCGUGUGGAGCCCGCCCCUGCCAUCUGCUUCAUGGACCAGGAUGAUGCAUGUGCAUCUCUCGCAUCCGCACACGGAGUGGCGAGCUAUCCAACGCUGCUGGUCCUCAACCAAGACGGCUCUCUGGUGCUCAAGAGCCCGGGCUACAAGGACCGCGUGGCACUGGUGCAGCUGCUGUCGGGCAUGUAG